CAAUAAGAAAUCUACAAAAUCAAAAAAUGGCUUAUGUUAGGCUUGCUCCUUUGGCUCUCUUCUUGCUUGCCACUUCCACAAUGUUUCCGAUGAAGAAGAUAGAAGCAGUAGAGUGUUCAGGUGCUUGUUCACCGUUUGAGAUGCCACCGUGCAGGUCAACUGAUUGUCGCUGUGUCCCUGUUGCACUAGUUGGCGGUUUUUGCAUUUAUCCAACUGGACUUUCAUCAGUGGCGAAGAUGAUAGACGAACAUCCGAACUUAUGUCAAUCUGAUGAUGAAUGCAUGAAGAAAGGAAGUGGCAACUUCUGUGCUCGUUAUCCCAAUCAUUACGUCGAUUAUGGUUGGUGUUUUGACUCUGAUUCUGAAGCACUUAAAGGUUUCCUGGCCAUGCACUCAAAGGUUUCUGCAGCAAUCACCAAGUAAGAUGUGUAUGCCUGUGAUGCAUCUACCACUACUACUAUAAAUGAAAAGAGUCUAACAUCCAACCUAUAGUUGGUGACUAUGUACUCUCCUGGAACAUGACUUAAAUAAAUGAAAAGUUUCUCA